GCUCGUGUUACCUCUUUAGCCAAACAACACCCCCAAACAAUUACUCUUAUAGAGAGAGUAGAAGAAGACGACGCUUACCCCAAAACUCGAAUCCCUAGGAGGUAACAGCUUAAGCUCUCCGAUUACCCCAAACUGCAAAAUUUCUCAUCUUUCUCUCUCUUUAUCUUGUUUUCAACAGCAGCCUUUACCUUUUUCUUUUAACCUCUGAUCUUGUUAUCUUCCAUGGAUCCAUUUCCUUAAAGGUUUUGGUAAUAUGAAUUGAGAAGUCCACGCACGUGUGUAUCUCUAUUACCGUCAGAUUUUGGUUUAAAAGCAGUUAUUUUUACUAGUCUUGUAAGAAUGAGUUUAACAAAGAAAGCAAGUGAACCAAAGCUAAGUGGUACUAGUAUCAAGCCAACAACUUUAAACCCUCAUGCUGCUGAGUUUGUUCCGUUUACUCUACGUUCUCCUUCAUCUGGAGGUACAAGUACUUUGGAUACAAGACUUUUAGCUUCUUCUAGUUCUGUUGGGAAAGCGGUUUUGGACAGGACAGAAUCAUCUGCGUCACAUCAUUCAGAUGAAGAAGCACGUCAGUUCUGGAGUCAUCAACUUCCUGAUGAUAUAACUCCAGAUUUUGGGUUGAUGACUCAAGAUGACAAUUCUUAUGGAUCUGGUAGUUUGUCACUAGCUAACUUGUCGUUGUUUGACGGUAAUGAAGCUGAGAAGUUUCCUUCUGCUAGUGGAGGAUAUGGCUUUUCAGAUCAAACUGGAUUAGCUUCACAUAAUGCUAAUGGUAAUAGCUUGGCUGAUAAGAGUAGAUAUCCCAUUUCUUCAUUUGGGGAAGAUCCUCAGCGACAGAGUUUCAUGCAACUGAGUCCAAAGCCUUGGGAUAAGCAAAUCAUGAAUGCUGAGCAGCUUCUUGGGAAUGACAGGGAAAGAAACCCUUUUAGUGGGAAAUCUCGACAUGGCUUUGUUAACGACAUGAUUACUGAGAGUCCAGGGGAUAUGGAGGUGAACCCUGUGGAUUUUCUCGCUUCUCAGUUCCCCGGAUUCGCCGCUGAGAGUCUAGCAGAAGUUUAUUUUGCUAAUGGGUGUGAUUUGCAGUUGACAAUUGAGAUGCUUACUCAGCUUGAGCUACAAGUGGAUGGUGGCUUGAAUCAAAACAUAAGCCCUAAGACUUAUGCUCCUCCUAGUCUAACUCCAAUGGAUUUUCCUGCACUAAGCAUCUCAAAUAGCCAUGGUAUUCCUGCCCAGUUUGGUGGGGAUGAUUUGCAACAAACUGGAAAUCAUUACCAAUCUCCUGAAAAGGAUAACAUGUUCUUCUUCAAGUCGGGACCAUCGGUUUCUCAGCCUGGUGCAAUCGAUUAUGUUUCUGCUGUCAGGAAGUUAGCAUCUCAGGAUUCUGGUAUGUGGAAAUAUGAACGAAAUGAUUCAGCAGACUCAUCUAUUGGCUCUAGCAGGAAUUCUGGUGCUUACAAAAGUGGCCGUGGGAGGAGUAUAUAUUCUGAUAAGCUGCAAAGUCGAGCCCAAACUCGACCUGCUCCUGUUUGGGUGGAGACCGGGGAUGCUGUUGGUAAGUUUCUUCUUUUAACAAACUUUAUUGCAUAGACAAAUAACUAUAUGAGUCUUGUUAUACAUCUGUAUUGAACAUAUGUUAUCUUAUUCGACGAUGUUGCAUUUCUGGCUCUCUCUUUUAUCUGGGGAUGAACAGGCAAUAUGUAUUCUGAGUUACGCGAGGAAGCACGUGACUAUGCACGUUUGCGGAAUGUGUACUUUGAACAGGCACGACAAGCAUACCUUGUUGGGAAUAAGGCCUUAGCCAAAGAGCUAAGUGUUAAGGGACAGUUGCAUAAUAUGCAAAUGAAGGCUGCUCAUGGGAAAGCUCAAGAAGCCAUUUACCGCCAGAGGUUUGACUUCUUUACCUGCACUGCAUCUCCUUGUAACAUGAUCUUUUAUCCGAAACACACACUGAUAUCUCCAUAAAUGAAAAACAAAACUCCUGUUCUCAGUAUCUCUGUUCUAACCUGCCUAUGAGUAAAAAAUGAAACAGGAACCCAGUGGGUCAAGGAAACAGUAGAGGGAAUGAGAGAAUGAUAGACUUGCAUGGGUUACAUGUGAGUGAAGCACUUCAGGUGUUGAAGCACGAACUGAGUGUGUUGAGGAGCACAGCUCGAGCAACGCAAGAGAGGCUUCAGAUUUACAUAUGUGUAGGGACAGGCCACCACACAAGGGGUUCCCGCACUCCGGCUAGACUCCCAGUUGCUGUACAGCGCUACCUACUCGAAGAAGAAGGUCUUGACUAUUCCGAACCACAGGCCGGUCUCCUUAGAGUCAUCAUAUACUGACAGACAAAAGCCAGGUACUUAUAUAGGAUACAAGACCGGAAAAGAAAACAAAAAAAAGGAAAGGUGACCACGCUAUUCAUUUGUUGUAUCUGAUCUGUACAUGGGAAGAGAGGAGAAAGAGACUAGCUGAAAAUGAAGAAGGAAAAAAAAAAGUGUUAGGAAAGAGAUCCGCAAGAAGGAAGGAACGAAGGCGUAUGCAUAAAAUGUUUAGGUUUGUUCAGUUAAUACUUUUUGUAGCAUCAGAGGAUCGAUCAGACCUCUUUCUAUCUUUUUGUCGGGAUCUAUACGAUGUUUUGUUGAUUCUCGGUGCUUUUUUUUUUUUACAGUUUUACUCUAUAUGUUAUACUCCUUUCUUCUGGAAAUGCUUAUAUUUGUAAUUCUCUUAGAUUUAAUGUGCAUCACUAAGUUACAAAUU